GCUGAAAACUUAAGAAAUUAAAGRUGUAAAAAAGUUUUAACCCUGACAGCUCCUCUGAUUUUAAUGGUUAUUUUUUCAGGUUACUUUUGCGUUUGGAUGUUUUGUGUGAACUUCAUCUUCUCUUCUCCUUUAGAUCACGUCUCUGUUCCCAACAUCUCCAAGUCGACGGWUCCACCAACCAACAGCUCCUGCAAAGUAACCUGUUCAGUGGAGAACGGGCUUGAAGUGAACCUGACCUGGUUCAGAGGAAACAUCAGCAUCACCCACAUCAGCAACCAGAACGACUCCAUCCUCAGGCUGCCGCUGCACAUCGGGUCGGAGGAUUCCUCCACCUACAGAUGCMAGGCACAAAACCCCGUCAGCAUGGAGAGAAAAACUCUGAACUCUCAGCAGCUGACAUGUCAUAAUGCAGGCUCAGCUAAUCUUUCGGUCGUAUCGCUGAGUGUUGUUGUCCCUCUGGUCAUCAUUGGUGUUGGGAUAUGUCUUUACAUCCAUCGCAGAACACAGAAAAGAGGUUCUCAUGUUACAGAUCCUCAAAGAUCUCGGUUAAACCAACAGACAUCGCCUCAGAACUGCAGCUCCUCUCUGAGAAGUGAAGAAUUUCUGCUGAAAAGCUGCCAAGGAUCAAGUUAUGACACUGUAAACUGACGUAGUUCACCGAUCUGCUCUGAUGAACUGAUGGAGAACAUCGACUGCUGUGGAUCUCAGAGAGAAACAAGAUAAUUCAAUAUCAUUUUAUUGUAAACUUUGAAUGUAAAUCCYUUACAUAUUUCAACAUUUUAAUGUUUAUCCUGUAUAAU